GCCUGGCGCCCGCGCCCCGCGCCCGCAGCCCGCCCAGGCGGAGUCAGCCCGCGCUCCGGGCUCGGAGGUCCGGACUCCGGGCUCGCCACCUCCUGGGCCGGCUUCGCGCCCCUCACUCCCGUGCCCCGCGCCUCCGCGGGCGGAGCGCACCAUGCCGCAACUGGACUCGGGCGGGGGCGGCGCGGGCGGCGGCGACGACCUCGGCGCGCCGGACGAGCUGCUGGCCUUCCAGGACGAGGGCGAGGAGCAGGACGACAAGAGCCGCGACAACGCCGCGGGCCCCGAGCGCGACCUGGCCGAGCUCAAGUCGUCGCUGGUCAAUGAGUCCGAGGGUGCGGCCGGCGGCGCCGGGGUCCCGGGGUCCGGCGCAGGGGCCCGCGGCGAGGCCGAGGUCGGGGCGGAGGCACUCGGGCGGGAACAUACUUCGCAGAGACUUUUCCCCGACAAACUUCCAGAACCUCUGGAGGACGGCCUGAAGGCCCCUGAGUGCGCCAGCGGCAUGUACAAAGACACCGUCUACUCUGCCUUCAAUCUGCUCAUGCACUACCCACCCCCCUCCGGAGCAGGGCAGCACCCCCAGCCGCAGCCCCCACUGCACAAUAAGGCCAGUCAGCCUGCCCAUGGCGUCCCCCAACUCUCUCCUCUCUAUGAACAUUUCAGCAGCCCACACCCCACAUCUGCACCGGCUGACAUCAACCAGAAGCAAGUGCACCGGACUCUGCAGACUCCGGACCUCUCCGGCUUCUACUCUCUGACCUCAGGCAGCAUGGGACAGCUCCCCCACACUGUGAGCUGGUUCAGCCACCCAUCCCUGAUGCUAGGUUCUGGCGUACCUGGUCACCCUGCAGCCAUCCCCCACCCGGCCAUUGUGCCUCCCUCAGGGAAGCAGGAGCUACAGCCCUAUGAUCGCAGCCUGAAGACACAGGCGGAAUCCAAGGCAGAGAAGGAGGCCAAGAAGCCAACCAUCAAGAAGCCGCUCAACGCCUUCAUGCUGUACAUGAAGGAGAUGAGAGCCAAGGUCAUCGCGGAGUGCACACUCAAGGAGAGCGCCGCCAUCAACCAGAUCCUGGGCCGCAGGUGGCACGCGCUGUCGCGGGAAGAGCAGGCCAAGUAUUACGAGCUGGCCCGCAAGGAGAGGCAGCUGCACAUGCAGCUCUACCCCGGCUGGUCGGCGCGGGACAACUAUGGGAAGAAGAAGAGGCGGUCUAGGGAAAAGCACCAAGAAUCCAACACAGGAGGAAAAAGAAAUGCAUUCGGUACUUACCCGGAGAAGGCCGCUGCCCCAGCCCCGUUCCUUCCGAUGACAGUGCUCUAGGCUGCCCUGGGUCCCCACCCCCCCAGGACUCGCCCUCAUACCUCCUGCUGCCCCACCUCCCCACAGCACUACUUGCUAGCCCUGCAGAGCCAGGGCCUACGUCACCAGGUCUCUCGGCCGCUCUCAGCCUUGCAGCCCCCUGGGCCCCCACAGGCCCCCCGCAAUGCCCUGCAGAAUACACAGAUACAACAGCAGCAGUCUUGGAGCCAGGGAGCCUAGCGUGCACAGGACACCUGGCCUCCAGGAGCCCGCCCUCUGAGAAGAAGCGACAGAGCCCCAAAGCACCUGGAAACCGGCCAGGGGGCCUGUUGCCUCCCUCUCAGGGUCCAGGCGCUGGAGAUUGUAGAGGUUGCACAACGUCUGCCUGAACCUGGAGCCAUCAAUUCAAACUGCUCCAAGUGGUGCAUCAGAUCUGUGUUAUGUGAUUAAGGGUGUCCAUCCCUGCCUAUGGCAGGCUGCAUCUGUUCUGAGCAUCUCUCUUGCUAGGCAGGUGCUCCUGCCUCUCUCUGCUUUUCUGCUGUAGGUCACAGAUGGGCUGGACUGAGCCCAGUUGUUUUCCCUACCCCCACCAUUACCACAUCCUCCCCAUAGCAGAUACUUCAUGGACCAAGAAUGAGCUGGUUUAUCAAAACGGGAGCAUGGUGACAACCACAAAGCUCAAGACAAUGCAGCUUCUCUUAAGGGCCUAGAGAAGCUGUCCUACAGAAAACCAGCUGCCAUUUGGAAGCUGGACCAAAGGAAGCCUGCCAUGUUCUCAGGACCUUGUGAGAGGAGGGGAUGGAAUAGAUUAAGUUGAGGUCUAUCACACUAGGCAACAAAAUAACCUGACACGACCUUAUCAGGCAAGUGUGGGUGGUGGGAUGUGUGGCUCUAGUUCAUCUUGGAAAUCCUGAGACACCACCUAAGAAGCCCCAUACCAAAGCCCCAGGCCUGUCCCCCGUGGCUAUAAUCAACAGUUCAAAACAGGUGUGGCCCCAAAUCCAGUGUGCAUCCCUCCCCGGUCUGAGAACCCUUUCCACAGCGCCAUUUCCAGCUUACCCACCUCAGUGCAGCCAGCUCUUGGGCAGUUGCAAGAGGGCAGACCAAACCUCACAGAGCCAGUGUCUGAUUUCCCGCAUGAGCGUUAUUUCCCUAUGGGGCUGCAGGAAGGAAGACCAUUACAACCAAAGCAAGGAGCCCAGAAACCCUCUAGUGGUAGCCCGUGGGUUUUCACCACAGCCUACUUCAACCCAUUUCUGAGCCAAGCUUCAACCCUGAGCCUUAAAAUCUUUUAAUUUAACUUUUUUUCCUCCUCACUGUACAUAGCGUGAAUCCAAGGAAGAAGGGCUGUCCCUACACCCACACACCCAUGGACAAAAAGCCUGUUUAGCUCUUUACCCACUGGCUUCUCAGAAUCCAAAGAUAUUCUAAGGUAGUGUUGCAGGACGUCUUAAGAAGAAGACCAUUGUAGUGUUCAAAUAUUUUUGUAUUGUUAAUGCAUCAUCAUAGAAGAACUUUAAUAUGAGAAUAAAGAUACUUUUUACUGGUUUUCUUUUUCAAAGCUUGACCCUGGGGAGCAAGCUGUUGAACAGCAGC